AUGCUACCGAUGGGCAGGUACCUUCGCAUCACUGGAUUAAUAUUCGUUUGGAAUUCUAUUUCAAUUGCCUAUGGUCGUCAUCAUUAUAUGAACCCUGAUAUGCCGCCACUAGCGCAUCAAAACCAACAUAUGUUUGCUAACAAGCAUACUCACGCUGAAGCGGACCACCAAAUGAUUGGUAACAAACGUCCUCGCAGUGAGUUGGAAAAUCCUGCGCAACUGGAUGGACCCCACAGUUUUGUUCGGAAGACAAACAAAAAACGGAAAAUUGUUGAAAAUCCAAAGAUAAUGCUUGUGAUCUGGGGCGCAAAUAAUGAAAUAAUUGAUGAUCCCCACAUCAUGUUGCGACACAUGGAAAAGGGUGAAGGCUUAGUCUCAAAUGCUGAACAUCUACCGAGAACAGAAUUAACGCCAUUGAUUGACUGUUCUGAAGAUCCACCCGAAAAUGGAAUACCAACAGAACAUUGUCACUACGAUUUGCAUGUUGGAAAUGGUAUUACCAAUAUCACAUUUAGAAAUCCUGAAAUUAAAGGCAAGGUUGAAAUAUCAUACGCGUUAAAUGAGGAAUCUAAACGAAUCAGUUAUAUUGAGGAUAUUGAAAACCUCAAUGUUGCAAAAGAUCAAAAUCAUAGUGCACAAAAAGAUUUGCAUCAGAAGCACGAUCCCAAUUUUGAGGAAUUUGAUCAUCGUAACAUUCUUCAUUUAUCUUACCACAAUUUCAAACCUUAUACCUACAUUUAUCACAUUCACGGAAUAAUCUUUUGGCGAGGUCCUGAUAAGGUUAAUCCAAGUCCUGUGCCAUUGGUUGCAAACGAGGGAUGUGCACAUGUUGAAUAUGAUAUUGAUCAUGAUCAUUCUUUUGGUAAUAUGCCAUAUGAAUUUUAUUAUGACAAAGUAACCGGAAAUUUCCGAAUCACCAUCAAAAACGGUUACGGACUGGAUCCACUACGAAAAAAUGAACAAAAUUACGGUAGCAUCCGCAUAGCCGUGGCAUACAACAAAGAAUCAUUCCGCAUAAAAGAACGACGUGUCUAUACAUUUAAAAUCGCGGACUAUUUACGUGACAGUCACGAUAAUUUCGAGAAAGCUGUUAAUCAUGCACAUACUGAAAAAAAACCUUCAAGGAUUCUUUAUCUUUGGGCGGAUAAGGAAAAAAUGAAGUACGGACCAUUUCCUCUGCACCAACGUGAAUAUUCGCUUGAAUUCAAAAUAAAAAAUAAUAUGAAUGGCAAUGCAUGCGAUAAACCGUUCUCAAGCGCCCCGAUGAAUUGGAACAAGUGGCUAAAAAUUAGGGAUGAGGAUGAUGAGGAGAUUUUAAGCAUUGACAGCACAAAAAUAGAACAUCAGUCUGAUGGGGUACUAAUAGCACAAGUCAAAUUGCGCAAGACGAUUGCUGAAGGAUUUCAACUUCACAUUGAUUGCGGUGAAUCCAAAGCAGAUUAUGUUAUGAAAUUUAACAAAGUUGUUGAUAAAUCCGACUGGACUACUUUGGAAUCGAAAGUAGAGGCAAAUCCUGAGGUAGUUAUUAUGGGAGGGUUUGAAUUAAUUAAGCGCAACAUAUUUUCAACGUCUGCUUCAAUUUAUGAUUUUUUUAGAUUCAGCUUCGUGUCAAGUAUGUGGAUCAGUCCGAUCAGCCGCAAAAAUCUCAGUUUGAACUUCGAUAUAAGUAUUCUGGGCGUGGCGAACAUCCACUUAUGGAGGAAGAUUUUGGUGUAA